AUGAAAUUAAACAGUGUGGAGAUACAGGGUGCUUAUAAUAGUUAUACUAGAGUGUAUACUCUCCCGUAGACUCAAAUAUAUUCAAUUUAAGGUGUCGAAGCGCCCUCAACAAUGAAAUUAAUCAAAGUUUGUGAAUACAGCCUUAAGGUUUUGGGAGAGAGUAUAUUUAUCACAAAUUGUAGUACCAUCUUCACAUUAAGUAUAAUCAAGCAUGCAAAACGCAAGACCUGA